UACUCCUGAUAGAUUUUAUCUCCGUCCGCGGGGUAGCAUCGGACCUCCGAAGUUUACAUCGCAGAGAACAAAGAAUUGUGCAAUCAUCACAUAUCAUUGACGAUAUAAACACUAGUCCAGGAUUUCACAAUCACUUUAGCUCCCACUGCUUCCAUCUAAGUUGCAAUCUUCCUCGGUCUUUCUCUACCUAUUCUAAACCAUCGCAGCCAUGACCUCUCUUCCUCCGGGACUCUGUUGCUAUCAAGGUGUCAAGCAUGAAGGCACCGCAAAGGGAACGCUGAGUAAACUCGUCGACAUUGAAAUCUAUACCAUCAGCCCCGAAAACAAGGACACAGACAAGGGCAUUUUGAUUUUGACCGACGUGAUUGGACACAGAUUCAUCAAUGCUCAACUUAUUGCUGAUGCAUUUGCUGAAAACGGCUAUUUUGUGAUGGUCCCUGACCUAUUUUACAACGACCCCAUCCCGCUGAAUCGUCCAGGGGAUUUCGACAUGCAGGGAUGGCGCAACGGGAAAUACCAUCCUAAGGGCAUUGCCCAUACGCCAGAGACCGUCGAUCCGAUUGUUGAUGCUUGCGUGACUGCGCUACGGUCCAAAUACGGAAUCAAGAAAAUUGGCGCAGUUGGCUACUGCUUUGGUGGUAAAUACGUCGCGCGACAUCUCAAGCCCGGCAAGGUGGAUGCGGGCUAUACCGCACAUCCGAGUUAUCUCGAGGCAGAAGAGCUGCGCAAUAUCAAGGGACCAUUGUCAAUCGCAGCUGCAGAAACAGAUGCGAUCUUCCCCCCGGAGAAACGUCAUGAGAGUGAACAAAUCUUGAAAGAGACCGGGCUGCCUUAUCAUCUCAGUCUCUAUAGCGGCGUCGCGCAUGGCUUCGCGGUCCGUGGAGAUCUAAGUAAGAGCGUCGUCCGCUAUGCUAAAGAGGCGGCUUUCAUCCAGGCUCUUCUGUGGUUUGCCGAACACCUGAGAGAUUAGGAUAUUUUCUUCUUUAUAUUUUUUAAAUGGGUCAAUGCCAUAGGAUAAAUGCAAAAGUGGCGGGAUUAUUCCUACUAAAGAGUAUAUCAACGGUAACCGUCUUAGUAGCGCUGCCCCCUUACAGUAUCAGCCUACGUAGGAUCAGCUAACAUCCAAAGUCGAGUGAGUUACAUGAGUUACAUAGAGCUCACAUCCUAGUCUGGUCUACAGGUUGAACACAGAUCGUGUGCUUACUUUCUAUUCCAAACGGGCAACAACGGAAGAGUGGAUG